AUGUUAAACAAAGGACCCGAGGUGAACAACAAUCAUCAAUUUUCAAAUGACUUCAUUCUAGCCAAAUUUCUCGAAGUAUCUCGGCGCUUCCCCGGCCCAAUGAUUCAUGACCAGUACGGGUUCGACAAAAGUUAUGCACCUUUGCUCGGAGACGCGGUUCGAACACGAGACGAAUUGAUCAAAGCCCUACCACCAUCACAUAUGCUGCCGGCCCUGCUGGGCGUAUUGAAGGACACGGAGGAAAUCCCGCGAACCAUAUCCCAGAAGCCCAUCGAAAAGCUGAUUCUGCGUGACUUCUUUGGUGUUACGGAUUAUUGGUCGAUUGAGAACCCAACCCCCGGAGUGGAAUCAUGCGGCAAUCUUCCACCGCAGAGCGAGGCGACCACCAGGCCGGGGGAUUGGUGUGGACUACAGCGUGCUGACUAG